AUGUCGGUGAACGUACCUUCAAGCAAAACCAAAGCGGGUAAGACUACUUCGGCAAAAACUAUAGGCAGUCUGAUUAUGCAUAAGUAUGAAGGCGUUAAGGAAUGGCCAAAAUUUAGAGGUAUUCUAGAGAGAAGUUAUGGAAAAAUACCGAAGUACUUGCACAUGCUGAGAGUGGCUAAUCCGGGUACACAUUCAUCUUAUGACAUUGAUAGCAAUGGGAGAUUUAGGUACCUGUUUAUUGCAUUUGGACAAUCGAUACGGGGAUUCAACAAAGUCAUGAGGCGGGUUAUUGUGCUCGAUGGGACUUUUUUGAAGAGUAAAUACAAAGGAGCUCUACUGGUUGCAAUUGCUGUAGACGGGAAUUCUAAUUUGUUUCCUAUUGCAUUUGGAAUAGUUGACUCAGAGAACGAGUGGUCUUGGAUAUGGUUUAUGAGGAAAAGGAUCAAGGACGGUCCUUAG